UGAAUUAGGCUACACCAUGUAGAGUUUGCCCUGGUGUGGCUGCAUGGUGCGCUUUAAUCCGGACAGAGUGGGACUUCAUAUUUGUCUACCACCUCUUUGCUGUAAACUACACUGUCCAAAACACGAGCCAAUUAUUUUUAGACACCAUUCAGUUAAUGGGCCACGAGGACCUCAUACUAUAUUAAACAAAACCCGCCAUACUAAACGACUGAGGACACAUUUAGUUAAGGCUGCGACAAUGUUAUUCAAAUUCGGUAUCAUUCUCACUCCAGAGUCUUCGGAUGUAGAGGUCUUUGUUUUGGGUUCGCGUACGGAAAUGGGCAACUGGGAUCCGAGCGCAGCGGUUGAGAUGAGAGCCUGCCAGAAGCUCCUGUCAACACAUGAACCGUGUCUGUGGAUCGGCGACGUGCAGCUGGCAGAGCCGUUCAAAGACACACUGUGGUUCAAGUUCGUCAAAAGAGUCCGAGGCACUUAUAUCUGGGAAGAAAGGGUGUCUUCUUUGUCACCAGGCAGCGGUCCAAGCCAUGACAGAUGUUGUUCAUAUGAUGAGAGGAACAUCGUGGAUGGAGUGUACUGCCAUCCGAUUGGUCACUGGAUAGAGGAAACAGGACACACAGAUGAGAUGAAACACACCACCAACUUUUACUUUAGUGUGGCUGGUCGGAAGGCCAUUCAUUUCUCCAGGGUGCUGCCACGUAUUUGGCUGGGCAGCUGCCCUCGACAGGUGGAACAUGUGACUAUAAAGAUGAAACAUGAAUUGGGGAUUACUGCAGUGAUGAACUUCCAGACAGAGUGGGAUGUGGUGAACAACUCCAAUGGCUGCAGGCGCAACCCUAGGGAAGCCAUGACCCCGGAGACCAUGAUGCAUUUGUACAAAGACUGUGGCCUUGUGUAUGUGUGGAUACCCACACCUGACAUGAGCACUGAUGGUCGGAUCCGGAUGCUUCCCCAAGCUGUAUUCUUGCUCCAUGGUCUCUUGGAGAAUGGUCACACUGUCUAUGUUCACUGUAACGCUGGAGUAGGCAGGUCGACGGCAGCUGUGUGUGGCCUGCUUAUGUACGUCCUUGGCUGGAGCCUGAGGAAGGUGCAGUACUUUGUUGCAGCCAGAAGGCCGGCAGUGUACAUAGAUGAGGAGGCUUUAGUCCAGGCUCAGGCAGACUUCAUUCAGAAGUUUGGACAACUCCGAUCAUCCAUCUCUUACCCAGAGACAUGAGACAUUGAGUGUCCUAAUAAUGAAGUCUUACAGUUAUGGAAAGCGUUACUGGACUGGACUCCUUUAAACUACAAUGAUUCGUGACAAUGUGUGAAAAAAAAUAUACUGUAUAGUCAGUGUGAGAGGUGCCAGAAGGUGAAAUAAGCUGUGGCAAGAAAAUUAACUUCUUUCUACUUAAAUCUAAUGUAAGUAAAUGACCCACUUCAGCUGAAUGGCUUUCGAAAUCUGGUUGAGCCCCAAGUAUCUGGAGAGAGUUCCGCUGUCUGACAGCAUAGAUGUUCCAAGCAAUUAAUCCUAAUGUGAUGUGUUAGCUUUUUUUUACUUCAAGAUUUACCCUCUGCAAUUUAGCACAUACAGUUGCAAAUUGUGCACUUGAAGUCAGCUUUAGGACACUAUAUUAGUCGUUUUCAGUAAAUGUCUGCAGGGGCGCUUGGAAAGACCUAUUCGUUUAGCCUUUUUUUCUAAUGAUCAAUACAUAGUUGACAUUUUGAGAAAGCAACUUUAAGCUGAUGUGUUAAACAGCAAUGAAUGAGAAUGAAUAACAGCAAAGAAAUAUAUACAGUAUAUCACAAUACUACCUAUACCGCUGUUUGCUCUCAUCCCAAAAGUUGUGCUCCUCAGUAAAGGCUUAUUCCACAGUUGCUAUUGCAUAAUUAUGUAUCAAGUUUGAGGAUAUUUUUUAUUUCAGAAGGAAAAAAAAAAUCCUUUCUUCUUUUGGAAAGAGCUCUUAAUGCUGCAUGAAAAUAGCACUCCUUGCCAAAGCAACAACUCAAUUCUUAAAACCAAAAUAACAACAAUGCCUCUCCCCCUCUGUCAGAGAGGUAUUCAGCUCCCAGACAUUGAAGAAUACAGCUCCACCCCAUCUCUCUCAGCUUGAUAGCAUUUCAUCUUUAUUUAUUUAUACGACAGAUGCUAUUCCGACCCAUCUCCCAAAUAACAAAAACAACAUCCCUGCCAGACCAUUUUAAUGCAUACAUAAGAAGAUUAUUGGAAUAGUGUUUGUUGUCAAUUGUGAACGUCUGCCUCGAUUUCUGUUAAGGAUAUAUUGCUUUUUUAAGAUACAGUGUUUGCUAUAUCCUGUCCCUGAUUUAAGAAAGUUAGUGGAUUAGAGAGGAGGAAAUACUUUACUUCUUAAGCACAAGUCAUAUUUUAAUUACCUUUCAGUGAGUCCCUUCAGAACACAGCACCUUAUGAGGGUGUCAGUGGAGAUGGGUGGGUAGAUCGAACAAUGCACGUUAGCGGAAGCAAAUCAUUGUGGAUUUUUAAAAUGUUUAAAAAUAUUAACAUAAAAUAUGAAUAUGAAAUGAGUAACAUGCUUUGUUCUUACUGGUUUGAGGAAUAGUACGUCUGUGUGUACAGUACUGUAUGUGCAUGAGUGCAGGGGUUUGUCACUUAAUGGAUGCCCAUGUAAUGUUUUAUUUAUUUCACUGGGUUAUUGCCAGUGAUUGAUGUUAUAAAGUAUUUGUAGUCAACAUGAUUUCCAGGAUCUGACAAUCACCUACACCAGUUUCCCUGGAUCCUUGCAUUCCUUGUCAAUUUUCAUUUAUUGUAUAUACAAUAUUAGAAACCUACAAAAUAGUUUGACCUGCUGAAUUGAGAUUAAAGAUAUAAUAACUUCA